AUGGAUUCAAUAGAUUACUCAUAAGUUAGAUUUUCUUUCAUUGGAACUAGAAAGCAUAUUUUUAAAGAUAAAAAGUAUUAUAUUAAUGUGUUUGAUGAUUUUUUAUUAAUGGGAAUUGUAAAAUAAAAUUUAUGGAUAUUAGAUUCCAAACUCAUAAAAUCCAAAAUAUGCAAUAAAAUUUAGUAUAAAUAUCAAGUUUAGAUGGAGUUUGAAGAAAACAAAAAAUGGUUGGAUUAUUGAAAGUUUUUGUUUUCCUUAUAAGAAGAGUGCAAAAGCAAUAUUUGGAAAUAAUGAAGAUUUAUAAAAGUAUGAUAAAAUAUAUUCUUAUAUUCAGAUUUAAAGAGUUUAUAAAUCUUAAAGUUACAUUUGAAAAUAUAAAUGAGAUAUACUAAUAACUUUAAUAAAUAGGAAAAGGUAGUUCUGGAAAAGUGUUCAGUGCAAUACAUACAAUAGAAUAAUAGAUUUAUGCAAUAAAAUCAGUCAAAAAAAAAUAACUUAAAUAAUAGUAAGAAUAAGGCUAAGUAUAAUAAUAAUUUUAAUACUUUAAGGCAGCAUUUAAAAUGGAGAUUUCUAUUUUAAAAUUAUUAUCAAAAUAUCCAGAUAAUUUUAUAACUUUAAAAGAGAUCUAUGAAGGAUAAAAUAAACAGUGUUUAGUAAUAACAUAUUUAGAAGGUCCUAGUCUAAGUGAAGAAAUUGAAAGAUUAAAAGUAUCAAAAUACAUUUGAAUAUAAAUAGACAUAAAAUAAGAAUAGAUUUUCAAGUUUAGAAGUUAAGAUUAUAAUGAAGAAACUAUUAAUUAAUCUUGCAAAUCUUCAUUAACAUAAAGUAUUAAUUUUAUAAUUUAAUAGAUUAUUCAUAGAGAUUUAAAACCAGAAAACUUAAUGUUUAAAAAAAAGGGAGAUUUUUCAUCUUUAAUUUUAGUAGAUUUUGGAUUGGCAACAUAUGAAUCUUUAGAAAUGUAAUUUGUAUUUAUUUUAAUAAGGUGGUUCUUUCCUAAAUGUGGAACUCCUGGUUAUGUAGCACCUGAAAUAUUUACUAUUAAACCUUCUAAUUAAUAUUCUACUAAAGUUGAUAUCUUUAGUUGUGGAUGUAUAUUUUAUAAACUUUUAACUGGUAACAAUAUUUUUUAAGGAUAAACUGUUGAUGAAGUUUUUCGUUAAAAUAAAAAAUGUUUAAUUGAAUUCAAUCUUCCUUUAGAUUAAAAUUAUGUCACUGAAUAUUCAAUUGUAUUAAUUAGAUUUUAUGUAGAAUCUUUUAUAAAAAAUGUUAUUAAAGAAUCCAAUCAAUAGAAUUACUGCUUUUGAUGCUCUAAAUCAUCCUUUUUUUUAAGAUUUUAAUGAAGAUGUUUAUCCAUCAUUAAAAUCAUUAUAAUUUAAUCAUGAAUUAAAUGAUGAUGAAGUAAUUAAUGAAGAGAUAAGAGAAGAAGAUAAAUAUUUCAUCCAAAUGCCAAAAAUUACUAGAAAAUGCUAAAAGAUGAAAGAUUUUUCAUUCUUUUAAUAAAAUCCAGUAUAAAAAAUGUUUUAUACUCAAUAAUAUAUUGAUUAUGAUUCUCUUCCUGGAUUUAAAUUUAUUUAAGUAACUUAAAGACCUAAAGUUUUUUAAUUGUUAGAAUGA